UAAUUACCCAGGUCUCGGGUUAAUCUCGCUCAUUGCUUCGUAAUUAUUUUUAUCAUUUUUCGCUAUCGUACGUGUAUCAAAAUCAGUCGUUUAUUUUUGCUCGUAGAGUUGGCAGAUAUGCGAAGGCAAUUUUUUGAACAUCAGAUAAGUAAAUCUACACGAAUAAUGUAUUUAUUCGAAAUUGUAUUAAUCGUAGUCGUAGAUAAAGUGGCAGCUUAUCUCUUUGGAUUAACUGACUCGUUAAGCUGCCUUUUUAGGUGCCUAUACCUAUAUUACCUACUUCUAAUUCGUUCGUUGAAAAGUAAACAGUCGAUCGAGAAGAGCAUUGGUCAAGUGCAAAGAAAGUAUUGAUGUCGAAACAUGUUGCGGUGAUUUGUUUAUUUUGAUUUCGGUUUUUAAGAAUUUGAGAUUAAUCCUUCGAGUGUUUUUAUUUAGUUUAAAUUUUAAUACGAGUAUUUAAAAUGGUUGGUAUCGAGUGUUGUGGAAAUUCAUUGGGAUUGGGCACAUUGCUGAUUCUAAAUCUGCAUGUCGUAAGCGAAGUUGUGAUUGUAAUUGUUCAAAUGUUGACACCGAAUAAGAGUAAUGAAGAGUUCGACAAAUUGACACGAAUCUUUGGUGUGCACGUAGUCAUAUGGAUGAGCUUGGUUGCUGCAUUUUAUGGAAUUUUCAACGAUAAACCGUUUCUUAUGAUACCUCAAAUUAUACUUCAAACAUGUGUCGUUAUUGUGGCAGCUGUAAAUGUCCUUUUGUUGAUCUCUUUAAGCCAUUUUCGAAUCCUGGUAUUAACAGAAUUACAUAAGUAUCUUCCACAGAAACUGGAGAUGAGUUAUUUUCACCUUUAUGCGGCGAUUGUGCUUGGUCUUUUGUUUGUAGGGCUGUAUUUUUAUUUCUUGAUGGUUGUCUACGGUUAUUACAAAAAAUUAAAGAGAGAAUCCAGGUUCAAUAAAUCUGUUUCGAAAUCAUCGACCAUAACCGAAGAAAUAAUACUUUGAUUCAUGUGGUUUUCUUUUUUCCAUCUUACGAAUCUUGAUCUGUGUAAAAUUGUGCAUUUUUAUUCGAGUCACUUGCAUUUAGGUAUUUAUUAUUUUAGUUCCAUUCGUUGAAAUAUUGAACGAAUGAUAUCUUGUGUUCCUUUUCAAGUUCUUUUUCGAGUACUUAUUUAAAUGUUAAAUGUGUUGUUUCAGUACCUAGUUUUAUUGUUGCUUUAAAAUUGUAUCAUUAUCCAUACCUAGCUUUUUAUUAUUACACGUGCCUAAUACAUUUUUUGCAUUAGAUUA